GUUCACGUCACAUUGAGCAAAAAAAGAAAAAAAAUCUUUUUCUUAUUUUCAUAGUCAGCUACCCCCUCCCAUUGAACAGACGCUUGCAUUCCCCCUUUUCUUUCUUUCACUAAAAUUUUCAUUAAAGAUGGCUUCCAAGAUUGUCGGUUCCGCCCAAACUUACCUUCAUAAGCUUAUUGCUCUCCAAAAGCCUGUUGUCUACAACGCUAAGGUUGCUGUCGAAGUCGCUAAACAAGUCUAUGUUAAGGAAGGCAUGGCUUUCCCUACUGGCGCACAAUUCACUGAAGCCACCAACACCCUUCAAAAUGCUCUCAAAAUCAAAAACCUCAAGAACUUGACUUUCUCUGAUGUUGCCAAGGGCUCUGUUGUUCUUGCUGAAAUCUAUACCUUCUUCCUUAUUGGUGAAAUCGUUGGCCGUAGAAACUUGAUUGGUUAUAACGUCAAGUCUGAAUCUCAUGCUGCUCAUUGAGAACAGUAAUCAUUAUCAUCAUCACACAGGAUGUUAUAAAGUUUUGGAAUCCUAAUAAAAGCCAACAAAAAAUCGAAAUGAUGUGUAUCCUGG